UAUUGCGAGACACAGCCAUUAUUGCAUUCGUGUCCUUUCAUUGUCUUAGGUUCGGUUGUGCUGGCUCCAAUCGAGGCCUUGGGGUCUUCAUGUGCCCCUGAUGCAUCCCCAUACCUACUUGCUUCUCGUAUUUUCUCUUGUCUUCGCAUGCAGUCUAGCUUCAUUUCACGACUCUCAACUGAUCAGGCGGGGCAGCUUGGUACCACCCCACACCGAAGCAGAAGAGCUUCAGUUGGGAGAUGUUGUCCUGGCGGCAUCCGUUGAUGGAAAUUUUCAUGCCUUUGACCGGAUAAAUGGGCGGCUGAAAUGGUCGAUGCAGACCCUCCCUUCAGGUCCAGCAAAUCAGUCGUUGCUCUAUCCCCUCGUCCACUCUGAGCAGCCGUCUCUCCACGAUAUUCAUGAUGAUGGUUUCCACCUUCACGAGACAUUCGUUAUUGAACCCCAGUCUGGAGAGAUCUUCAUCCUUCCUCCAGGAGGGUUGGCCCACACACCUCUGGAACGCCUCCCGUAUACUAUCAUGCAACUUGUGGAUCUUUCUCCUUUCCAAUUUCCUGGGGACGACCAGAGAAUGUUUCUUGGGAGAAAAGAGACCAGCAUGAUAACACUGGAUUUGAACUCCGGGAAAGUUUUAUCUGUAUACAAAGACGAUCAGUGCAUUCGGGAGGAAGCAGGAGGAAGCGAACUCGGAGGACAUGACGAAAACUCACUCCAUAAUUUUGAAGACGGUGGUUCAGAGCACAGUCGGACUAAGUCACCACCGCCAAAGCCAAUCCGCAUCGGGAGAACUGAUUAUCAUGUGUCAAUCCGCAUCAAAGGUCAAGGCAUUGUUCAGCGUUUGUCCUUUUCCGCGUAUGGCCCUAACAAUGUAGACAAAGAACUUCAAACACAGUGGGUUAAGACCCCGGAUGAUCGCUACGUCCAGUCUCUCCCUAGUGGCGAUAUAAUAUCGUUCAGCCUUUCAGACGCGGGAUCUCUAAAUCCUGGCACAUCAGGGAUGGGAUCUAAAAGUGGCCUGGUAGCGUGGCAUGGGGAGCUUCCCAAACCGGUAGUUGCCGUUUUCGACGUGCUGACCAGCCCAUCUCGCGACAACCCGUUUGUAUUGAUACAACCUCAACCAAAGCUUAUAGACAUAUUCCAAGACCCCCGUCAUCGUGCCCAGAUUGCUGAACUCCCCGAAAGUACUUUCGUUGGACUUGUUGGUGAUUCACUCUAUGCGAUGAGCCACUUGAAGUUUCCCAUGGUUGUCUUUUCUGACGCCUUGCCUUAUCAUUUUGACCGCUCGAGCGACGGAUCUACUGAACUUGUGGCGUCGUCGAGGCUGGAUCAUAAUGGCCAUUGCAGAAAUGCUGAAUGUUAUCUUGGAACUCAUCCAUCCCGAUUUGCUGCCUCUUCCCGCAUAUCUAGGCUGAUUGAGGAAAGCGAGCAGCUGCAACAGAUCGAUGCCUCACCUCCCAACGCGACCGCGCCCACCCCUGCUAACUAUGCGCCGUUACCUAUCCCUUCCACCAUCAUAAGCAUUCUAGCGCCUUUUAAUAUCAUCUGGAUUGGGACCUCGGUUUUCACCCUAUGCUGCAUCGUCGGGUACACCCUGUUGCUCCGUAAGUGGGGAAUUGGGACAAACGAGAAGGUCAUAUCAACGGAUUCCGUUGCCGCCCUUGACAGAGCCCCUUUGCCAGGCGGUGCGCAUGAUGGCACUGAACUGAAGGGCGAAAUGGACUCUCCACCCAAAAAUCCGACGUCUCCGGCGCCUCCUACGGCAGUGGGUCGCUCUGGGACGGGCGAAGAUGCACAGGCUGAGUCAGGAGGCAAUGUGGACAAGGAAGAACGACGGACGCGGCGCAGGCCGAGAGGAAAACAUAAGGGAAAAGGGAAGAAAGGAGAAGAGGACGUUGGCAAGGAAGAGCUUGAUGGUUCAGAUACCCCCCUCCGGCCGAAAGAGGGUGUCCCGCAACGCCAGCAGCAACAGGACAUUGAGAACACAGUUGAUGACGCUUCAAUUGACGGGAAUCCAAACCUAGCAUUAACUGUGUCAGAUAACAUUCUCGGCUAUGGCUCUCACGGGACUGUUGUGUAUCAAGGAUCCUUCCAAGGCCGUGCAGUCGCUGUGAAGCGACUGCUGCAAGACUUCGUCAAAGUAGCGUCCCGAGAAGUCGCACUCUUACAGGAGUCCGAUGACCAUCCCAAUGUCAUCAGAUACUAUUAUCAAGAGACCAGAGACAAUUUUGUGUAUAUUGCUCUUGAACUGUGCCCCGCUUCGCUCGAGGAUGUGAUUCAACGUCCAGUCGCUUUUGGAGAGAUCAAUGCAACCUUUGUCCCUAAACGCACCAUCUCACAAAUCACGGCGGGAUUGCAGCAUCUUCAUUCCCUCAAGAUUGUUCACCGCGAUAUCAAGCCUCAAAAUAUCCUCUUCUCCCAAGCCAAAAAUGGCCAACAUCGUAUGCUCAUAUCUGAUUUUGGACUCUGCAAGAAGCUCGAGUUGGAUGAGACCAGUUUUGUGCCGACUCGUCAUGGGCAUCUUGGUGCGGGUUCCAUAGGAUGGCGGGCGCCGGAGAUCUUAAGGGGAGAAGUUAAUCUCGACGUAACCAUCGUUGAUUCAUUGGGCGGCCCAGAUUGUGAUUCCAAUACUGGAAGUAUGGGUAGUGUUGGUCCGAGCGGGGUACCUGGACAUGGUAAUGGCGCUCGCACACGUUUAACGAAAUCAGUGGAUCUCUUCGCACUUGGGUGUUUGUUUUAUUACACAUUGACAAACGGCGAACAUCCCUUUGGAGGACCAUUCGAGCGUGAGGCAAAUAUACUGAAAGAUGCGAUAGAUCUUAGUUGGCUGGAACGCUUUGGCGAGGAGGGUAUAGAGGCGAAGGACUUGAUAAAUAAGAUGCUUGAUGCACGGCCGCGUCGACGGCCAGACACGGCUCAGUGUCUUGUCCACCCCUUCUUCUGGACGCCUGGACGACGGCUCACAUUCUUGCAAGAUGCCUCGGAUAGGUUCGAGAUCAUGCAGCGCGAUCCUCCCGAGCUCGGCCUCCAGCGGCUUGAGGCUGGUGCUCCGGACGUUGUGGGAAAUGACUGGAGCAAGAAGUUUGACAAAGGCUUUAUCGAAAACUUGGGGAAAUUUCGUAAGUAUAACGGACGGUCCAUCCUAGAUCUGUUACGUGCACUCCGCAACAAAAAACAUCAUUAUCAGGACCUUCCAGAAAACUUGAAGCGUCACCUUGGUUCACUCCCUGAUGGCUUCUUGGCAUACUUCACACGCCGAUUCCCUGCGCUCUUUCUCCACGUUUAUUAUGUCAUAGCUGAUGGUCCAUGGCAGGAAGAGUCCAUAUUUCGACCGUACUUCCAAGAGCCUUAACCUGCGAGAUCUUCCAUUCAUCUUCAAAUCGUACCUUACAUGUAUUAAUUAGUGUAGAUUUAUUUUGUAUUUUACUUGUUCGUUCGCCCUUUGGAAGAUUCGUGAUGGAUGGAAUGCACACGGCACCAGAGUGGUUGCGUAGUGUAAAACGGGG